AUGAAAAGGAGGCAAAAAAAUUGUAUAGGAUUAAGUAAUUGCUCGUUUGACCAAUUUAAAAAGGGUGUUGAAUUUCUGAGAGAAACCGAUGCAAUAUUAGAUGAUGACAUAUUUAUAAUAUUAAAAAGAGUUUGUUCAUUUUUUUUUUUUUGUUUUAAGAAUGAUGAUUUUGAAUACUUAUUAAAAUGCUUUGAUAAAGGGAACAAAGAGAGAAAUAAGUCGAUUACCAAUAGUAGCAAAAGUUGGGGUGACAAUAAUAAUACCUACAGUAAAAAUAAUGAUUUGGAUUUAAAAAAUGACGAGAUAUAUUGGGAUUAUAAAUUUAGCAAAGGUGAUUUUAUAAUAAUUAAAAAUAUUAAUAGAUUAUUACUGAAUAAAUUAGUUGAUAACUAUGUUGGGUAUUCAUGGUUAUGCUUAAUAGUAUCAGAGUAUAUGAACAAUUUAGAUUUGUUUACUAAUAAUUUGGAGGAUAAUGAAAAAAAAGAAAAUGACGAUGAAAAAAAUAAAAUAUGGUUUAAAUACCAAAUUUAUAAAAACUUCAAACAAAUUGAAGAACUAAAUAAAAUUAAUAAAAUAGAAUAUAACGAUAUAAAAAAUAAUCCAGAAAAAUACAGUGAAGAAGAAAUAAAUAAUAGAAAGACACAUUAUGUAAACUAUCUGCACUGUUAUUAUGGAAAUCUUUUUUCGUCCUCUUGUUAUGAUAAAAAAAAUAGAGACAAUCUUUCUAUUUCUUAUACUAAUCCCAAUAUUAGUAAUUCCUAUAAUGACUCUGUUAAUAAUAAUACAGAUAAUUUUUAUUUAGACGAUCCAGAAGAUCGGUUUGAUUGGAUUAUGAAUAGUGACAGUGAUGAUUAUUAUGAAUUAGUUAAAAGUAAUUCGAAAUCCGAAAAAACACAUUUAUACAAUAAUUAUUAUAAAACCUCUUUUGAUUAUGAAGAAAAUAAACUUGAGAAUGAAAACGUGAAUAAUACAUUGUAUAGUAAUAAAAUGUAUAAUAAUGAAGAAAAAAACAAAAAAAGAAAAUUAAGUGGAAAUACGAUUAAUCAAAAUAAACAAAAUGAAGGGGCUGGUAAUUUCGAAAUGUAUCAAAAUAAAAACUAUAGUAAUGAAAAGGAAGGGGGAAAUGGUUAUUAUAUGUGCUCAAAUGAAAAUGCUAUUACUGAAAGAGGAAUGCAUAAUGAAAAUGAUGAAAUGAAUGAAUUUUCUGAUGGAAAUCCGGGAUUAGACCAAAGUAUAAAUUAUUCUGAAAAUUUUAUGCAACCACAUCAGGAAUAUUCAGAAAAAAAAUAUAUUAGAAAAUAUGAAAGUAAAGAGCGAAUUGAAAAAGAGGAUGAUGUAUCCGAUGAAGAAGGGGAAUAUAGUGAUGGUGGGGAAUCUUAUGAUGAUGGAGGAUCAGAUGAAGAUGAGGGAUCCGAAAUAUAUCAUAGUAGAGAGAGCGAUGAUAGUGGCAAUGAUCAUGAUGAUGAGAGUUUGCAUUAUUUGUAUAAAGCUCUAUGUGAUUAUUUAUCCACAAAAUAUGAAACUAAUAAAUUGCAAAAAUAUAUGGACGAAUAUAGAGAUACACAUUCAUGGAAACCUCCGCCAUUUUAUUGGAAAAUUUUAAAAAAUAAAUAUGUAGCAAAAGAAGUAUUAAAAUUAUAUGAAGAUCGUCAUUUAGAUCCCUUUUUAUCCUGUUUAUAUGAAGAUUUUGUAAAUAGAUAUUAUUUUGAGCUUAAGGGAAGUAAUAAUAAUAAUAGCAGUAAUAGCAAUGGAUAUGGGAACAAUAGUAACAAUUCUAGUGGUAAUAAUGAUAGUAAUAGUAUAACUACAUAUACAAGUAAUUUCAACGUAUUUACAUUACGUAUUAGUGAAGAAAUAUGUAAAUUUUUAUCAUUAAAAGAACCAGAAGAAGAAGAAGAGGUUUUAAAUAUAUGUAAAAAUAUAUGUAUUAGUGAAAAUUCAUAUAUAUAUACACAACUAAUAUUAGAAUAUAUAUAUAGAAACAAUAAUGAUAAUAGUAUGAGAAGAUUAUCACAAUAUUUAUGUCUUUAUAUUAUUUAUAAUGAUAUAAAUAUACAUAAUAUAUGUAAUAAUUAUUUUCAUAAUGUUAUAGAAAAUGAAGUUAGUAUCUCUUAUCUUAUAUUUAAAAUUAAUAAUUUACAUAAUUAUACAUCAUUAUAUAAUACUUUUAAAAAUAUAUAUAUGACAAGAAAUAAGGGUUUUAUGAAUAUUAAUAAUACUGAAAUUGUUAAUUUACAUAAUAACAUACUACAAGUAUUACGAAUAUUUAAUGGUAAUAAGCUAUUAUUAUUUGAUUCAACAUAUUUAAUGGAUAAUAAUAAUUCUGGGUAUAAAUCAGGACGAAAAAGGCCUGCGAUAAAUCAAUCACCCAAUCGUAAUAAAGACGAUGAUGAUUCGAGUGAAAUUUAUUCUCACAGUGUAAGUGUCUUUGAUUAUAAUUCGAAUUUUUCAAACAAAAAUAGGAGUAAUCUGGAAGAUGAAAAUAACAGAAAUCGUUUUGGUAGUGAAUCCGAGAUAAGUGGCGAAGAAGUGGGAAGUUCUGAGAUGAGUAGCAGUGCAAGAAUGAGUGGAGAAGUUAGUGAUUCAGAAAUGGAUAAAGAAGAAAUAAAUUAUGAUGGAAGGGCUAGUAGCGUAAAUAUGAGUGGUUUUACAAGUCAAUAUGGGGAUGAAAAUACAGAAUUUAAUGGUAGUAGUGUUUCAAAGGGAAGAGAGAGCAAAAUGGCAUCUGAUUUUAGUAGUUGGAAAAAUGGAAAUACAGCAGUUUCUAGCUUAGUUGAUUCAGAAGAUUUGCGAAUGGGAAGAAUUGAUGAUAUCAAUAAUAAUAUGAUUGAUGAAAGAAUGAACCACGAAAUUCCAAGAUUAAAUAAAUUAAAAAGCGAUGUUAGUGAAUUUUUAUUGCCAUCAGCAUCUCAAUUUGGAAAUAGGGAUUAUAUGCAUAAUAAAGAAUUUUUAAGAAUUAAUAUAUAUGCAGAAAAAAUUCCUUUAAUACAUUUGAGAGAUAUAUUUUUUCUGAACAAUAUUAUAAAUAUAUAUGCUACUAAUAAUGGAUUAUUUAAUAACAACAUGUAUAAAAUAUAUGGAAGAGUUCUUAUAUUUUUAACUACUUAUUCUCCAUACGAAUAUGUAUAUAAUCAUUAUUAUUCUACCUUUUUUAAAGGGAAAAAAAAUUCAUUCAAAAAAUAUUCGACUUCUUAUUUUAACAUUUAUGACGACACAAUAUCAAUUAUUGAUGGUGAUGAAAACAGUGAAACAGAUGAAGAUGGUAGUACAUCCUAUAAUACCGAUAGUGAAAGUACAAAAAUUCCAAGCAAUUAUGGUAAAAGAAUAAAAAUGAGAGAAAAGGAAGACCCAUAUGAUGAAAAAGAAAAAAAGAGCAAACGAAAAUUUAAAGAAUUCUCAGAAAUAAAAAAUGACCAAGAGCCUAAAAAACAUAAAUUAGAAAAUAGUGAUGCGAAAGAAGUAAGUCAACCUGACAAAGAGAAAGAAGUAAGUCAACCUGACAAAGAGAAAGAAGUAAAUCAACCUGACAAAGAGAAAGAAGUAAGUCAAACUAAUAAAGAGAAAGAAGUAAGUCAACCUGACAAAGAGAAAGAAGUAAAUCAAACUGAUAAUAAUAAAGAAGUGAGCCAAACUGACAAAGAUAAAGAAGUAAAUCAAACUGAUAAUAAUAAAGAAGUGAACCAAACUGAUAAUAAUAAAGAAGUGAGCCAAACUGAUAAUAAUAAAGAAAUGAGCCAAACUGAUAAAGAGAGAGAAGUAAGUCAAACUGAUAAAGAGAAUGAAAUAAGUCAACCUGAUAAAAAUAAAGAAUUGGUAUUAAAGAUAUCGAAUGAUAAUAAUACCCAAAUUGUAGAUGAGAAUAAUAUAAGCAAACAAAAUACUACCGAAAAUAUUUAUAAUAAAAAUAAUGAUAGCAUAAAAGAAGAUAAUAUAAAACCAAAACUAAAUAAUGAAGAGAAUGAGAAUGAGAAAAAAACAUCAUAUGAAAAUAGUGUAGUAAAAACUGGUAUAACAGAAAGUAUGUUAAAAGAUAAAAAUAGUUGCAUAAUUUCAAAUGAUUUGUUUGAAUUAAGAACAGAAGUAAUGUCUUGUGAUGAAGUAAAAAGUCACAUAUUUAAAAAUGUCAAAAGUAAAAAGAAAUUAAAAGUUAAUAAAAUGAAUAAAAAAAAAAAACAUUAUUUUUAUAAAUUAUUUUAUAAAUUUAGACUAACUUAUAACAAUUUUAUAAAGUUUGUACAAACAGAAAUAUUUCAUAUAUAUAAUAUUAUGCAUAGUAGUACUUACUCGGAUUCAACAAAAGAUAAAUUAUUACUUGGUAAAAUAAACAGUAAUUUAUCAGCAUCAAUAAUAUAUAAAUAUGUUUAUAAUAAUAUUUAUAAACACAUUAAUUUAAAUCAAGUCAAUUUAAUAUAUACAAAGUUUAUUAUUCUCAAACAUAUUGUUGAUAAGUACCCACAAAAGAGAUUCGUAACUUUGUAUUUUUUCAAGGAGCUGUACAUAUUCAUAAUUGAAAAAGAGAAAACAUUACAAGAGUUUUCAGAACUACGUGAAAACAUAAUUUUAUUUUUUGUGUAUAUGAUCAGAUAUGAGAAUAUGUUUUUCUACGUUAUUAAUGUAAUUAAGAAAAUGAUAUAUUUGCUAGAUAAGUCCUUGAUACGACUAUUUAUAGUAAAAACACUAACAUAUUGUGCCCCUCCGUAUAACUUUAAAUUUUGCAAGUAUAUCCUAAACUUCAUUUAUUUGGUGCUCAAAAAAGAGGGAAUAUACUAUAAAAACGAAUUUAAAAAGGUGAUAAACAAAUUUUUGGACGAUGUUGAACAGCUGGAUGCAAUGUACCAAAGUUCGAAGACUAAGGAACUCAUCAAUUUAAGUAAUUAUAUUAAGGAGCAAAUGGCGCAAUCAGAAAGGGAAAUAUAG